CUUAACAACCCUCCUCUCCGGUUCGCAUCUCUCGCUUCCUCUCUCUGCAACAACGCUUUUUCCUCUUCACAAGCUUUUUUCUUAUUUUCCUUCGCAUUUAUCAUAGCUGAGCUUCAUUCAUUCAAGCCUUUUUCUGGGCUGUGCUGAGAAUUUGUUGCCAUGGAAAUCCCGAUCAUCAACAGAAUGAGUAAUUUCGAUGAUCCAUCUGUUCUUUCUCGCCUUUUCCCCAUUUCUCAAAUUUCUCAACCAUUUAGUUUAUGGAAAUGGGGGGCUUUAAUACUUGCACUACUCGCUACUUUCACCAGCAUAAUCAAUAGAACCAAAAUUUUGAUCAUAAGGUUGCGGAAACGUAGUUCUUUAGCUGCACAACCGCUGCACUCAGAGGCUGACGACGGCGGGUUCAGUGACAGCGAAGACGAUACAUGCUCAUCGAUUUCUUCCGAUGACGAUGACGACGCCGAACCCAUGUCUCAAAUCGAGGAUGACAAAAAUGUUCGGGUCGGUUAUUGCGAGGAUGAACCGCAAAGUCACAAAACGAAGCUCCGGACACGUCGGAGCAUCGGAGACCGCCUCUUUUUGUCGGAGUUGACUAAAGGCAAGAGCGUCGUCAAGCUUUGGGACGGCCUGUCCCUCGAUAACUCCUGCGGCAGUUUAGUUUCCAUUUAUGAUUUGAAUAAGGAUCUGAACAAAAGCUCAUUUUUUGGCGGGACACAUUGGUUUCCGUCCGUGUCGGUGACGUCGCCGGCUGUAGUGGUAUCGGCGAUGACAGGAAAUGCCAAGAAUACCGCAUUGCGAGUGUGGGACACGAGAGUCGGGCGUCAGAUCCCGGCGAUAUUCGCCGAGUGGAGACCUCAAAUGGGAAAAAGGGUGAGCAUCAGCACCGGCGGCAUCGAGAAGGUUUAUGUCAGUGAUGACGUCACGGGAGAGUUAACGGUGGGAGACAUGAGGAACGCCAGCUCACCGUUACAAAAUGUAACGGAAUGCGACGGAGGAACCUGGUGGGACGCUGACGCCGUUAUGGUAUACAAAGACUAUGUUGACCAGUGGGCGGUUAAGGGUUGUGAAUCAAUUGUGUCACGUUGCUGUGACGCGGUUAAGUCUUACCUGUUUUAGACUAGUAAAAUGGUCAAAUCCAACGCAAUUGUAAUUUGUCUGGAAGCACACUCUGUAAAUAUUUUAUUUACUUUUUAAAUUAUAUUCAUCUCGUUUACUUA